CAAAUCUAACAAUAGAAAUGAAAACUUGAAAAAUACAAAAUUAGCUUUGAUUACUUUUGAUCCACUCUGAUGUGGAGCUGGCAUGUCCGAAAUUGAGGAUAUAUUGGUUCGAUUGCGUGCUCGCCUGCAGGAGCGCGACGUCAAGUUGUGGGAGGAGCCGUACUAUGUGGAGAGUGGGGGCGUCAUUGAGUCAGCGUUGGAGCAGCUGUCGCAGGAACUAAGCCCCGAGAUGCACAUCAGUGCGUCCAUUUGCAAAAGCGCUUUAUUGCAGCUGCAGGAGACGGCACUACGCAAGCUGGCGGCACGACGCCAGUUCAAUGAAACGGGCCUUGCCACGUUUCAUGUGCGGUGCGUGGAUAGUCACGGCGGGACAGCAAACAGAUUCGAGGUAAAGUGUGCCCUGGACGAGCUGGGUGCGAAUUUGCAGCUCAAUAUUGCCGACCAGUUACAGUUGAGCGAGGCGGCUCACGUCAAGUGCAUCUCGGCCGGCCGUGUGCUGGCGCCACAGGAGACACUGCAGUCGCAGGGCCUGAAGAACAAUCAACAGCUGCUGGUAAUUGUGGGUCAGGACGAUGGCAAGGGUGAGGCGCUCUAUGAGCGAAUACGGCAAAUACAACGCGAUGUGGAAAUGGUUGUUGAUUCGGAGCAUCGUUUUGUCGAACUAGAAGAUCAGGAUGGUAAUGUUAUAAUGCUGCCACCCAGCGAGAAUCGUGCUUUAUUGCUGGGCAUGGGGCUCUAUGAGAAGGGACGCGCAGCAAUGCGGCGAGAGCACUUCGAUGAGGCGCUGCUGCUCUUCCUCGAUGCGGACGAAAAGUUCAGUGGCUGCAACUCCAGAUUUCUCGAGUCGGUCGACAACUAUGGUCUGCUCAAUCUGGACAUUGUGUGGUGCUAUCUCUGCCUGAAGAACAUUACUCAACUGCCAGAUGCGCAGCGUCGUCUUGAUCUCUGCGAGCGUAACUUUCAGCGCAGCUACGGUGACAACUACAGUCGACUUUAUGCGCUAAAAGGCAACAACUGCCCGGAACGUGCGCUCAUCAUACGACUGCAGCUGCUUCAGGGUGUCAUCCUCUUCCAUCAGAAUCGCCGUGAUGAGGCUCUCCAACGUCUGCAACUGGCGGGCAAUUCUUUGUCGCAGCUAAAGGUCGAUGCUGAUCAAUUGGCGCUGCUCAUUGAAAUGGGCUUCGAUGUGGCCGAUGCUCGUCUAGCACUACGUUCCAGCAACGGCAAUGUGGAGCAGGCAGUGCAGUCCAUCCAAGAGAGACGUCAACGCUUGCAGGCGACCCGAAUCAACAGCAACUCAGAGAGUGAAAUGCAUCGCCGGUUGACGCAGUUGCAGCUGGGCAACGAUGAACGUGAUUGGGUGCAUCCGCGGAGCGUGUGUCGUCUCAUGGAAUUGGGCUUCGAGCGGCAACUGGUGGUCGAGGCUCUUCGACGCACCGAUAACAAUUUGGAGCGCAGCGAGGAACUUCUACGUUCCCAUUCCGAUGAGCUGCGCCGCAAUUUGCCGGCCACUGUGGCAGCUGAUGAGCAAAUGCUUUACACUCUACACGAGCUCGGCUUCAAAUUGCCCACGGCUCGUGCAGCUCUGGAAACGACACGCAAUGACAUGGAUCGCGCUGUUGAUUUUCUGCUCAAGAGUCUGCCCAACGAGCACGAAUUAAACAACAUGAUUGAACUGAUGAAUCAGUUGACUGCACCAAUUGAUGGAACUGCUUCUGCUUCCACCUCUAGCCCUUUGACAGCUAUUACGCCCAGUAAGCUGACGCUCAUCCAGUCGAUAUUGAGCAAGGCAAACACUGAAUUGGAGUCAUACAACGCGUAUAAAAGAUUCCACGAGGAUUUACCGGAAAAUGAGCAGGACUAUUUGAAUUUGACUCUCGAGCAGGAGGAGCAGAUACUUAAUGAGUACAAACGCUUGCUAGCGCAUUGAAGUAUCAAUUUGUUGUAAUUAUUUGAAGUUUUGUAAUCUUUGCAACAAUGAUUAUCAAUUAAAAAUCGAGAACAUUUAUUUUUAAAAGU